AAUGUAAACGGUGAAUCUGACCCUCUUUUCUCCAUCGUCUCUCCCCUCUGGUUAGAUCCCGGUUCUUUCCUAAUUCUAUGUGGCCACCUAAAAUAUAUAAAUAAUUAACUAUUUUGCUUCAAGAGAAAGAAAAAAAAACCAGAAAAGAAAAGAAAAAUUGAAAAAAGGACCGGCUGCUGUAGACACCAAAACCCAGAGAGAGAGAGAGAUAGAGAGAGAGAGAGGGGGAGUUCUGUUUAAUCAAUUUCAACUCCUAUAGAAUUUGCACGCAGAAAGUGUCUCCAAAGAAGUUUCACGCACAAGAUUGUUGUGGUCAAAUUCGUGGUUUUCAGAAACCAGUUAGUUUUUUUAAUUCGUUUUAAUUUGGAAUAAUUCGGUGGUUGUGAAUUUGGGGUUAGGAUAUUGAUUUUUGGGGUGUUUGUGUGAUCGGGUCUGAAUUUGAUUGAUUAGGAGAAUUCUGUUGAAUGGGUCGUAGAGAGUUUCGGGUUUUUGAUUAGAAAUUGAAGGCUUUGAAAGGUUGGGGUUGCGUGGAUGAUUUCUGUGGGGACAAGGGAUGCGAGGAAGGAGCUAGGGUUAGGGUUUGGUGGUGGGAGAGAGAUGGAGGAUACUGAGCUUGAAGAAGGCGAAGCUUGUUCUUCCCAUAUCAAUGAAUACGAUCCCAACAUCGACCCUGAUGUUGCUCUCUCUUACAUCGAUGAUAGGAUUCAAGAUGUUUUGGGACAGUUUCAGAAAGAUUUUGAAGGUGGGGUUUCUGCAGAAAAUUUGGGGGCAAAGUUUGGUGGGUAUGGCUCAUUUUUACCUUCCUAUCAGCGGUCUCCAGUGUGGUCCCAUUCGAGGACUCCACCAAAGGUUCACAACUACAGCUUACCCAAAUCCCCUUACAACGUGAAACUUGAGGGUGGUCAACGUAACAAUGUAGUUUGUCAUACUACGCCUCAGUCAGUGGGGCUUGGGCCUGCUUCAACGGGUUCCACUUCGCUGGUUGCACCAAAGGCGCCAUCAGUGAACGAUCCAGUCAAACAAGAAGGAAGCAUGUCAUUAGAUCUAGCUGACCAGUACGCUCCUCGACAUGAAUCUGCAAACAAGAAAGCUAUUAGUUUAUCGGACCAGAAAACACUGAAGGUGCGAAUUAAAGUGGGAUCGGAUAACUUGUCGACACGAAAAAAUGCUAUCUACAGCGGGCUUGGCCUUGAUGGCACACCGUCUUCCUCGCUAGAUGAUAGCCCUUCCGAUAGCGAAGGAAUAUCUCAUGAGCCUCAGGAUGCCCUAUUUGAAUCUCCCACCAGUAUUCUUCAGAUUAUGACAUCCUUUCCGGUGGACGAGGGUAUGAUGUCACCUCUUCCUGACGACCUUAUUUACUUAACUGAAAAGGAAAAGCUCCUAAAAGAGGGUAGAUCUGUGACUCUUCCAAGGGAUAGCUGGGAAACGUCUGGCUCCCUAGCGAAUGGAACUCAUACCAUAGAGGGUGGUGGGAAAUUGUCAGGGCAGAGGAAAACAAAAUCUGUUGAAAGAAAUGAUUUUUCAGCAGAAUCAAAGAAUGGGAAUAAUAAGGAUGGAAUUGGGCUCCUGUCAAAGAAGGAACAUGAUGUGGACGCGUUUGCUUGUGAGGAGCUUGUUUCUAAAACCUUGCAGCUCCCACUUCUAUCCAAUUCAUUUGCUACUGUCAGUGACGUGAUGAAGAGCAAAGAACUGGAUAAGAAAUAUUUAUUGAAGGAUGGUCAAGUAGAAGAUGAAUCAAUGGACCCAAUGUCCAACCAAGAGGAUGCCUGGGUUGAAAAGCGAAAAUCCAUUUUGGCUGGAAAGGUUCAGGAAGAUAGAAAAGUAAGCUCCAGCGAUGAUGUUUUGGUUCAUCCAAAGAAAGAGGGCCCUUGUAGACGAGAGAAAACUUAUGAAUCAGUGAAAGGUGACUUAAAUGUUUCUAAAGGGAGGAAAGCUUUAAAUACUGAAGUCAUGGACCAUUCAAAGCAGAGGGUCAAUCAGAGGGCUACAUCCCAUGAGAUAGAUGAUACGAGACUAGUUUCUGGGAAGGAGUAUCCAUUACCUGCAGAGAAAAAGAAAUCGAAGGAAGGUCACAGGACCCUGGUUGCAGAGUUGCCAAAAGAAAGCUCGAGGGUUGGUUCCUCUUCAGGUCCCAAAAUGAAGAGCACUCAUGUGAACAAUUCUAAUACUGAUCCAGAAAACUUCAAACUAUGUAAAGAUCUUGAUAAAAUCAGGGAUACAGACACAGGUUUAUUUGGGGAUAUUGAUGACGGGAACCAAAUGGAAUUAUUUGAGUUUCCUUCUGAAGAUAAGCUUAAGGACUCCGAUACUGUUGCAAAAAGCACAUCUGCAGUUAACAGUGGAUCAAGGGAGAGACCAAGUGGCAAGAAAAUCGAUAAACCAGCUUCAAAUAUAGCCCCACGCUUUGGAAAUGGACCAAUUUUUGCUGCAACUCCUGCUGCAGGGCCUCCUGCACUCAUAGAAGAUAAUUGGGUAUGUUGUGACAAGUGUCAGAAAUGGCGGCUUCUUCCACAUGGUACAAACCCGGACAACCUACCUGAAAAGUGGCUGUGUAGCAUGCUUAAUUGGCUGCCUGGGAUGAAUCGGUGUAGUGUAAGCGAGGAGGAAACAACAGAAAAAACAAAAGCUCUAAUUGCGCAGUGCCAAGUUCCUGCCCCUGAGAGCCAAAAUAAUGUGUCCAGAAAUCCUGGUGGGUUUAUGGAAGGAGAGGCAUUGCCUAAGUCUUGGAACCCUGACCAAAACCUCGAAAGUUUUGGUUUGCAUGCCAUGCCUAGUGGCGGAAAGAAAAAAAAUGGACCAAAAGAAUUGUCAAAUGCAUCUAAUAGAGAUGGUUCCGUUCAGUUGCCAAACUCCAUGAAGAAAAACUUACAGGCAUCAGUGAAGAGUAGAAGCUUGAAUGACGUGAACCAGUCUCCAUUGCUAAGUGAAUUAGAUUUGCAGCAGCUAAGCAAAUCCAGUGACAUGGCAGUGGAGAAACGAAAGCAUAAGUACAAAGAGAAGCAUAAAGUUUUAGAGCCCUCUACCAAUGGAGAAACAGGUGAUAUCAUGAAUUUAAAGAUCAAGAGCAGAAGAGACUCCGAUCCAGAUUCUUCUAGAGCUUCCAAGAAAAUCAAGACUGAAGUUAAGCGUAUUACUGAUGAAGAAUGGGCGUCAGACUACAGUGUGGCAGUUGGGGAGGUAGGUCCUAGCUCAAGUAGUGGUUUUCGGACUGCUGCAGCAGGGAAGGAUCAAAUUAAGAAUAGGCCACAGGCAAUUACAAAAGCAAAAGAUGAAGUUUUAGAUAAUCGAUCCUUAGAUACGGGAACUUGUGAUUCUAAAGGUAGAUCAAAAAAGAGAAAAGUGAAGGAAUUCCCCGAUACUCAAAUUCAUAUGGGUUCCAUUCCCGCUACAGGGAGCUAUGUGCAGGAUCGUUCAGUCGUUGCAAAGGAGGAGUUUAGUGAGAAUGACUACAGGAAGGAAAAGAAGGAAGCAAAGGUUCCUAUGGCUGCCACUUCAAGCUCUUCCAAAGUUUCUGGUUCCCAGAAAACCAAAUCCAGCUUUCAGGAAGUUAAAGGUUCACCAGUAGAAUCUGUUUCAUCAUCACCUAUGAGAAUCUUGAAUCCUGAUAAGCUUACAUCAGUACACAGGGACCUCAUGGGAAAGGAUGAGGCACAAGAUGCUGGUCAUUUUGCAAUAGGUAGCCCAAGAAGAUGCUCGGAUGGUGAAGAUGAUGGUGGGAGUGAUCGAUCUGGGACAGCAAGGAGGGACAAAUUUUCCACUGUGGCUAAUCAUGGGUCCCUUGAUUCUUCUGUACUUGAUUUUCAGGACAGAGAUUCUAAUCACAUAUCUGGUGGUAAAGCUAGAGGACUGGUUGUCCCAUCGCCUGAUAUCACAAAUGGUCUUUCUGUUAAUGGUAAUUCAGGCCAAGAUACUCGGUUCCCUAGUAAACCAUUGGCUUCAAAUCAAUUUGGUGGUGAAGACAGAGAUAAUGGCAACCAUUAUCAUGGUAAUGGUUCUCGCCCAAGAAAGUCAGGGAAGGAUUUCUCUUCUUCACGGUCGAAGGACAAGAAUGGAGGGAGCUUUGAGGCUGAUUUGGAUAUGGGUGAGGGCAAGAAUUCUAAUGUUUUCAAUGAACUGCAAGAUCAUUCACCGUCCCAUGGAAUAAAACCAAGGGAUGGUAAAAACAAGUUGCAGGAGAAAUUUGGGCUCAAGUCUGGUGAAACUGAGAACAAAAAUGUCGGCAAGAAAGGUUUUACUGGAAAACCCUCCAAUGAGAGUAGUAAAAGGGAGAGUCAGUCAAAUUUAAGGGGUAAUGAUGGCCCAGAUGUUAGACUAGAUGCUCUUUGCAAAAAAGAUUCAAUUUCUACUCUCAAGCAGCAUUCGCUGCAAGACUGUGAUAGUGAAAGGCUUUCAAGGAGGAUUCCUUCAGAAAAAACUGAUCGAGUGGAUACAGGCUCAAUUAGGGGGAAGUCACUACCGUUGCCACCCUCCGGAGGAGCUCAAAAUGAGAUGACGACUCGUUGCCCCCGACCAGCUUCUGGUUCUCACAAAAGCAAUGGAGCAGAUAGUAUACAAGUUGAUGCCUCUGAAGGUAAUAAUGCUGUGAAGGUGCAAGUACAGACCAGAAAGGCUGAUAAUCAGAAUGGAACUCAGCAUAUCAGUUCAAGACAUCAUACACAGAAUGGGCACAGGGCCAGUCUUGAUGCCCCUAGUCCAGUCAGAAGGGACUCCAGCAGCCAGGCUGUUACAAAUGCUGUGAAAGAAGCUAAAGAUUUAAAACACCUUGCUGAUCGUCUCAAGAACUCUGGGUCAUCUGAAAGUACGGGUCUUUACUUCGAGGCAGCUGUCAAAUUUCUUCAUGCAGCAUCUCAGUUGGAAUUGACUAACAGUGAGAGCGCCAAGCAUAAUGAGAGCAUGCAAAUGUAUAGUAGCACUGGAAAACUAUGGGAGUUUUGUGCUCAUGAAUACGAGAAAGCCAAGGAUAUGGCUGCUGCUGCUUUGGCCUACAAAUGCAUGGAGGUGGCUUAUAUGAAGGUGAUAUAUAUCUCUCAUGCCAGUGCAAGCAGAGAUCGUCUUGAGUUGCAAACGGCUUUACAACUGGUUCCUCCUGGUGAAUCUCCUUCUUCCUCUGCCUCUGAUGUUGAUAACUUGAACAACCCCUCAACGGUAGACAAGGUUGCCUUACCCAAGGGUGUUAGCUCUCCCCAAGUUGCUGGAAACCAUGUUAUUGCUGCCCGAAACCGUCCCAAUUUUCUCAGGAUGCUCAAUUUUGCUCAGGACGUAAAUUUUGCAAUGGAAGCAUCAAGAAAAUCUCGGAUUGCUUUUGCAGCUGCUAAUACAAACGUGGGAGACGCUAAUCGUUCAGAAGGCAUCUCUUCCAUUAAAAGGGCUCUUGAUUUCAACUUCCAUGAUGUGGAGGGAUUACUACGUUUGGUGCGGCUCGCGAUGGAUGCCAUUAGCUGUUGAAAGAGUCCAAGAGGUUGUGGGAUGAUUUCAACCCUAGGAAGGUCUGUGAAUCUUUGGUCUCAUGCCUUAAGGAGGGAGGAAAAAGAGGCUGGCCUUGAUACUUCUGCUGAACUGCUUGGAACUUCUGUCGGGGGACUGGUGGUUUCCGUUCCUGUUUGAAAUACAGAUAAACUCCUAUUCGUUUUAGUUUAUUUGGUCCUAAAAUCUGCUUUCUAGCACAGACAGGGACCAAAGAGGUUAUUCUGAUCUCAAUAAUCAAUAUUCAUUUUGAGGUGUUGUGAACAAUCAUUGAUUACGGCUCUGCUGAGAAGAUUCUGAGCAACUUCUGAAGGUGGAUAUGCUUCAUCAGCAAUGUGAUGGAAGACAUAAUAGUUGUAUAUAAGAAGAAGAACGUUGGUUCUAAAAACAAUAGGGGGUUUGUUUUAAGUUCCAAAACACGAAAGUACAACUUUGGGGCUUCUUUUUUCUUCAGACUGUCAACGUAUCUUGAUAAGUCGUUAUAUUGCAUCAUGUGGAGACAACCUGUGAAUGGCAACUUCCAGUAUGUGCACAAGCUGUCUUACAGUUUACAGAUUGAGACCACACCAACACUAUGAGAGAGUGGAAAAAGAUGAAAAUCGUAGGUUGUCUUCAUCACCGUUGUUGUAGUUAGGAUAAUUAUCCUCUUUGCGAUAAUAGAGAUGAAACCAGAAGAAUAUAUUAUCAGAAAAUUAUUAUCACUGCGAUGCAUGAGCUCGCAUUGCUGCACUUGCCUGAGUUUCUUUCCUCAAAGUGGAGAUUAUGUAUAUAUACAAAUCAUUGAAUCGAGAUUAUUGAAGAUUCUGCAUGUGUUUCCGUCUGUAAAGAGAAGGGGAUGAUUGGAUAUUAUUAGGUCAGUCCUUCAGAUCAAACAGGCUGAGCAACGGGGAUAGUUGCGGCUACGGCAGCUCUCGCUGGUAGGCAACUGAGUUUGAUGUGAUGUUCUCCUUUUUUCAGUUUUCCCCGAUGUGGGUGUGUAGUGUAGUUUCUAUCCAAAUUAUGAACUAGCCACGAAACGGUUGAUUGAUUACCCAUACAGAUAACAUUUAUUAUAGGUUUAGACAAUAAAUUUUUGAAUUAUUUAUUCUUGAUUACCCAUAGCGAUUGUAAUUAUCCGGGUUUUAUUAAUAAAGCUUUCGAUUGUUUCAAGUGACGACAUUGA